UUAAAGAAGUCACAUGAUAAUCAAGUAUGUGUUUUAUUGGCGCCUUGUUGUUCCCCUUAGCAUUUUUCCCGCAACAAACAAGUGUGGAAGUUGAUCAACGAAGCUCUAGUCUUUUCAAGCUAAAAAUGCCGAAACGAUCUUGUCCUUUUCCACAAACCUUCUCAUCCCAGUACAAAAUUCACAUCGGACAAAAUGAACUGAGUAAUUACGGCGUGUUUGGAGACAAGUACAGGAGCGAAAUCCACGGUAAGAUCCGUAUUUCCAGCGCGGUAGUGUUAGCUUAUGUUAGCUUCUUUUGGUUAGCACAUCUACAAGUCGUUUGGUAAAUCCUUACUUUCACAAAAACGGCGUAAAGAAAGAAGGUGACGUUGGGUUUUUGAGAGUAUGCUUCCUAAACUGUCAUUCAUGAUCAGAUAUCGAAACGCCAUUUACUGAAUCGAUUGACUUUUGUGGCUCUCAAACUACAUUUCGCAGUUUACCUUCAUUUACCAUUACUGCCAGCAUGAGCAUGAAAAACAACAGACAGCGUGCACACAAACCAAAUCCUCCUGGCUAUGUCUGUACUGGCCGGUUGAAUUGAUCACGUGUAAUUUGAUUGAUAAAUGUUUCUGGUUUUAUUUCACACAGAAAAGACCAAAAACCUGCUCUUUAACGGGGCCAAAGCAGUCAUGGGAAAAAUCUGGACAGGAGAGGAAAAUUCCAUGGACCCACAGCCGACGCACCAAGUAGAGACACCUGCACACAACCAAGCAUUACUGAGAGGACAGACACUAAUUGGACAUGAUGGGAGACUGACUAGAUCAAAUAAUACACAAGGUGAGCAACAUGAACAGAGAGCACAAGACAGUGAAACUGCUGAAGCUUGGUUGUAAGACAUCUCACUAUUCACUUUUUUUCUUACAGUCCAUCAAAAAUAUUGGUUGCUUAAAGAGAGAGUUCCUUGGUUUACCCUAAGUGGUUCCUGUGAAUCAUUUUUGUCUGCCAGGAGCUUAACAGUCGAGAUUUAUUUAUAUACAAAGUUGCACUGAUGAAAUAAUAUUGGAUCCUAGUUCUUGUUAUUUAAACGUGAAAAGUUCCCCAAGAGGUCCGUGGUUCCUGGGGAAAGUUUAUGCAGUUGAAAAGCACUUAAAGUGAUACAAAGGUGAAACAGGGACCUCUGCUGAUGGAAGCAAAGGAGUGGCAAAGCUGAUCUAAAUUUGCAGGGGAAUCCCACGAGCUGUGUCCCAUUGGAGCAGCUGAGUGAGAGGCUUGAGUGAGACUGCUCUGCAAAUCUCAGAAGUGGACGAAAAUCUGGAGAAUUGAGUCGCAAACACUAAUUACCCUGCAAAAUAUUAUAGAAAACAGAAAGUAGAAAGUGAUAUUUCCAAUUUCAAUUGCACAACAUGCAAGACAAACUACAUUUUAUGUUGUUGUUUAUGUAUAUUAGUUUUGAGAUAGUUAAUGCUGCAAAGAAAACAGUUUUUCAAAAGCUUUUUAUUCCAAACAUUCAUACUGCCCCUAAAGCAGUGUUUUUCAACCUUUUUUGAGCCAUGGUACAUUUUUCAUUUUAAAAUAAUCAUGAGAAACACCACCAACCAAAAUUUUACGAAAUGACACUUGGUAGUCAGUUUAUACAAUGACAAUAUAGUCUCUCAGUUUAUUCGUACUCACCAUGUGUGAAACCUGGAGCUUUAGAUUACAGCACAGACACUUGAGAAUUGCAUAUUAUUUGCAGAAAAUAAGUUAUUUAAAAAGAAAAUUGAUAAUUUCUCAUGGUACACCUGACUGUCAUUGCACACUAGUUAAAAAGCACUGCCCUAAAGGACUGUUUGCUCAGUCCCUACUUUUCACCAGCAGGUGUCAGGGUUUUCACAGAAUUUCUCUCUCAGCUUUGUAACUUUCCAACUGAGGAGGUUUCCAAAUUCUUAUCUAGAGUGUGCUGUACAUGUUUGGUCUCCGUCUAGGUACAGCAGUGGCUCCUGCAGGCUGCUGUGUGUGUCAGAAGAGCCAAGGAAAUAGAACAGCAUGCACCCAGUGUGAUCGUCUAGCAUGCUCCUCCUGCAUGCGGCAGUGCUCCAGCUGCUCCAACCUCUGCUGCUCCAUCUGCACUAUCAUAGAGUAAGUAUUGACGGGCCUUUGAUGGAGUUAAACCCUGUGUCUGUGCUCAUAUUAUCAUUGGGAUAAAAACGGACACCACUAUCAAUUAGGAAUGUAGACUUUAUGUUUAAGUAAAAGUUGCCCUAUUGGCUAACUUGUUCUCUGAAUUACCUGCAUUUGUUUUGUGAUCAAAAAGCUGUGUAUCAGCUGAUUUUGGCAGGAAAAUGUUUGGCAGUGUUAAAUGUCAAUGAACUUUUACCCUGGAAGCUUUUUUUCCCCAUGUUGCUUCAUCUUUAAGACAGUAUACAAUAAGUAAUUGUUAAUUGAAUAUAAGCAAGUAGGAGAGCAGGGCAGCAGUAUCUCAUUAGGAGAAGUGGCUUCAAAUCAAUGAACCAUUCUUUAGUGUCUGUAUGUUUGUCCCUGUUAUCUUUUAUUAUGCUGCUCUAGGACUGAUCAUGUGGAUUUUGAAAAAAUAAGGUUUUGAUCUGAACUACAUGACUGUAUUGUAAUAACUUUUUUCAUUUCACAGUUACAGUGGCCAAUAUGAUGAAGUUCUGUGCUGCAGCUGCUCAACAUAGAGAUGAACAGAAGAAUCAGGAGGGUUAUAUCUGAACAAAUGACUGCCUCACUUGAGAUAUUACUAAAACUGCUUUUUAUUGUGACUUUUUUUUACUUUAUCUAAAUCAUUUCCUCUAUAUAUGUAUUGCAUUAUGAAAUUAACUGAAAUAAACUUGAACACUUUUAUUCA